AUGGUCGGAGGCACAAAACGUAAAAUAAAGAUUGAGAAGAUCGAAAAGGAGAAUGCAAAAUCAGUUGCUUUCACUAAACGUCGUAAAGGGCUCUUUCACAAAGCUUCUGAGCUCUGUCUUCUCUCUCCCACGACUCAAAUCGCAAUCUUAGCGACUCCGGCUUCUUCCAACUCUCACGCUUCUUUCUACUCCUUUGGCCAUUCCUCUGUGGACAACGUUGUCUCCGCGCUGCUUAACAAUCAGUCGCCUGUUCCGACAAACCAAGAAGAGAACAGAGGAUUAGGGUUUUGGUGGGAAGACGAGCGGCUUGACAGGCUGGAGAAUGUCGAUGAGUUGAAAGUUGCGACCAAUGCGCUUUCGAGGUUGUUGAGCAAUUUGUGGCAGCGAUUAGAUGCUGUGACUAGUAAUGAAAGAGAUUCGGCUUUAGUGAUUCAUCAAGAGGAGGUUCCUCAGCUUGGUAACACCAAUACAAACAACAACGAAGGAACUUCUGGUUCUGAAGUUUUGGUAGAGAAUAAUGAGGAAGAUAAUCUGCCUAUCGAUUAUUUUUCAACUGAUGUUAAGAUAGAUACAUAA